UGCGGGUUUCCUGUGCACUAUCAAAUCCAAGAUGGCGGAACGUAAAACUAAAGAAGCUUUUGAGUGUGAUCCCGACUUUUGUCCUGUUUGCGGAUCAAUUUUGCCUCUUCCUGGACUGGAGGAUGUCGUCUCUUGUAAACUGUGCGAUUUCCAACGUGAUACUGCAGAAUUUGAGGAAGUGGAGAUUCACUCCAAGAAACGUUUUAAUGUUGAUAAGGAAAAAAGAACAACAGAUGACAGAAAGAAUGAUGACACUUCAGGACCAAUGGUGGACAGGAAAUGCCCUAACUGUGGACAUGAGGGGAUGACAUACAUGACCAGACAAACCCGCUCAGCAGAUGAGGGGCAAACAGUUUUCUACAUUUGCACUGACUGCAGAUUCCAAGAAACAGAAUACUCAUAGAAGCUCAAGCAUCAUGCUUCAAGUGGAGUCACUGUCUACGAAUCUCAGAUAUAAGUGUCUAAAUCUAAACUGGCUGUGUCACUACUGUUAAAAAGAAGUCCCUCUUUAUCUUUUUCAAGCUAGUUUAGAAAUUUAGACACGAGAAGUCUCCCUCUUUCCACCAAUCCAAGACAUCUGCUGACACAAGCUUUGUUGGUGGUGAUGUCACCGUGGUAAUGAGUCCUGCUGCAUUACGUGCCUCCACACUGACAUAAAUGAUGUCCCCAUUGCUGACACCUAGCUUGUCAUCCAGGAGGACUUCAAAACUUGUGCUGAUACCCACGUCGGUGUAAGGGUAGAUGUUGGUAGUGUUUGAAGGUAGAGUCCCUAUGGCAAUUCUGAAGCCAGUUAUACCAGAUUCCAAGUCAUUAAAUCUUGACCAGUAA